GUGCCUGGUGAGCGAGCCUCCCCCAGUCAUGUGAGUGCUGACUGCCAGCAUGGAAGACGGGAGCUGCAGCAGCGCCAUGCGGGCCCUCGGGUAAAGCGGGGGGAUCUCACUGUUUGACCCCUGAGCGGCUGUCAUCAGGCACGCUUCCAGUGACGCGCCUGUGCAGAUCUUUGAGCUCAUCACAUAUUUAAAGACCACGUAACUAUUUGUCUGGUCCUUCCAUCUCGGCAAGGGAGUACAUGGUAUCCUCAGGGUGGACAAAAAUGGUUUCGUUAAACUGCAGUGAACCACUCUCUGCCUCCGAUCUUCUCUCCAAUGCUGCCUCUCCUUGUGGACAGAACAUGGCAGUGCCACAUUCUGGGGAAAUAUCUUUGCUCACACUUCUUGAGAAUGAUGCCAGCCCUUGUUCUCCAUCUCUGGCAGAACAACUUAAUAAAACAAUUGUCUCCAUACAGGAGGAAGGUGAGGAUGAAGGUGGGUUUAAAGAGGUGGAAGGCAUUAUUUUAUCUCAACUAGUGAGAGCAGUGGAGGACCCAAAGGAAACCACACCAAUGACACAUGUAAAGCUCCCAGACUUUUGUGCUCAGAUUUCAGGGGACUUCUCUCCCACACUAGAGGAAAUUGAGGAGUUUUUAAAGGAUAAUAUGGAUCUUAUCAGAGAAGAACUAGUUGAGAAGCAGCCCAUUACUGGUUCAUGGCUUCAUAGCUGCACAGCAAGUGAACAGACUCCAACAACAGAACCAGCGGAGCCAAGUGAGAAUGUGUCUGCACCACUAACACCAGAUACUUCCGUCAGUUCACCUUCCACAACGGGCAGUAUCCCUGUCAUCCUUCAGAUCCAACCCGUGUCUGUGCCUGGUGCUGCGACUUUGCCACAGAGCUCCACAGGUGGUGUACGCCUAACACAACUGGUAAUCAGUGUACAGGGCCAAAGCCUGGCACUGGCCCCAGUUCACGGGCCAGCAUCACCUGGGGACCAGAAGUACGUGAGAAUUGCCCCUCUGCCAGUGGCUGUCCGACCAUUGACAUUAGGAGGAGUAUUUGUGAGUGAAGGACAGCAAAAAGUUCAGAAGGGAGCGCCAGCUGUGAUCAGGGUGCACAAGUGUAGUCAUCCUGGCUGUAACAAGAUGUACACCAAGAGCUCGCAUCUUAAAGCCCACUUCCGACGGCACACAGGGGAAAAGCCUUAUGUCUGCACAUGGCCAGAAUGUGGAUGGAGGUUUUCUCGGUCUGAUGAGCUUUCCCGUCACAAGAGAUCUCACUCUGGGGUAAAACCAUACCAGUGCACUGUGUGCGACAAGAAGUUUGCUCGUAGCGACCAUCUGUCCAAACACAUGAAGAUACACCGUAGCCAGCGGGUUGGUGGAUGCAGGACACCGCGAGCCAGCACUUAACCUCCUCAUCUUCCUUUCAGUUACACCAGCUGGCCAAUGUGAAAUACUUGCUGCUUCCCUCAUAACAUGCCUUCAUUCUUUCAAAGAUGAACUGCAAGAAGGAUUACUGUAGCAAACGAAUGGUUAGGAUCAGAGGGGCCUGGAAAGUAUUAUGUGACCAUGAGUUGCUGGGUCCUCUGACUGUGGUCUUAACUUUCAGCCAAUAGGUCAUGUUUUACUUGAUUACUUUUCAGUAGUAAGUCUCUUAUUUCUAUAUGAGGAGACUUUUGCAAUGAAUCCCUGUGAAUAUUUCCCUACCUCUCAUUUGUUGACUGACUGCCUUGACCACUUGGUUAGUCAGGUCUCUGACAAGUAGAACAUUUGUGUACAAUGCCAUCUGUAAUUUUGUACAGAUUUUACAUAUUGUAAAUGCUGUUACUUUUAUUACACUGUUGUGAUUUGUUCACACACGUGUAAUCAAGCUUCCAUUGCUGUGUGAAUGCAUCUAUAUGUUGUUUGUUUGUUAUUUUUGGAGUGUUUGUCUUAGAAAGAUGAUCAUAUAGUCAUAUAUAUAAAAGAAGGAAAAACACAGUACGUUCAAAGUAUGUGUGUGCACUUAAUACAGAAUUACAAACUACACAAUACCAUAAACCUACAUUUAGGACUGUAUUAUACACACUGGAAGCUGUUACAAACAAAGGAGCCAUUUAUCAAGAAGUUAGCAAUUUAGAACUCAUUGCAUAUGAUAAAUGGUGCUCUAGCUAAUCAGCUCCUAACUGUCAUUGCUUAAACGCAUGACAGGAGCUGAUUGGCUGGAGCACCAUUUAUCAUAUGUCACAAGUUUAAAUUAGCAAAAACCCGUAUAUAAAUGGGCCCCAAAAUAUUUAAUUAAAAUAACACUAGACUUUACUCUGGUAAGGUGUCUCCUAACUGCUUUUAUCAACUAUAGAAUGUACUUUAUUAAAAUUAACAUUACUCUAGAGAGCGUAGAUUUAUUUUGGAUAUGGCUAAAAGGCAAUAUUUCUAUACUAUGAUAAAUUCAAUUUGAAAAUAGUCAUAUGAAAUAGUACACUAUCUUUCACAUCUAUUUUUUACUAUUCAGGAUAUAAUUAACGAUCAUCAAGUCCCUCCCAAGGGGCAUUUUUACUAAGCUUCUACAAAUUAAAAGUGAAAGGUGUUGCCUAUAGCAAUUAAUCAGAUUCUAUGGUCAACACCUUCAUUUGUCUGUUUUAGAAGCUUUAGUAAAUCUACCCCUAAGUCCCAUAAAUGUGAUAAACCUAGUCUUAAGGGGGGUACACACGCAGUGAUACGGGCUCAGCGCAAUGUGUGCUGAGCCCGAUGUGGGCUUAGCACACAUCGCAGCGGGUGUCUGUACACGUGCUGUGAUGUGUGCUAGCCCGAUCCUAACUAGACCGCAAGGCUCAAUGAGAGCCUCGUGAUCUAGCAAGAUUGUUCCUGCAAUCAGGCAAUCUAGCUCGAGCGAUAGUGAUGCGCGGGGUCACACAUCACUGUCGCUUUGGGCAUACACACGGAGCGAUGUGUGCUUAAUUUCAAAGCAAUCUAGUCAGAUUGCCUAGAAAUUAAGUAAAAAUCGCUACAUGUGUACCUCCCUUUAGAGAAGGUUUUACUUCAUUUAUUCAUAAAAAAUUUAGCAAUUGUGUAGAAGGCUUGAAAAAUUUAGUGCACCGUUGCUGUUCUGCUCCUAUUGUAAUACAGACUGUUAUUGAAGCCAGGUGCUGCUAAUCGAUUGUCAUUAUUGAUCAUCACUACAAUCUCUAUACAAGUGAAAGCAGAACCACUGGUAGUUUGGUCUGGAGUAUUUAGGUUUGCGGUAACACAAUGCUAUGGGGGGGGAAACUAUCUGCCAUGAUAUUGAGAAGAAACUGUUGCUUCUCCUCGAUCUGCAAAUGAUUAUAAAGUAAUUUCCAAACUAUUAUUCUAAUGAGCAUUAUAUACAAAGGGAACUGUUUUCCCAAAUUGUUACUUAUGUCCUGGUAUGUAAAAACACAUUUGCAAGAGUCUGUGCUUUGUUUUUCACAUGACUGGAAGUACUCCCGGGCAGUUACACAUUUGCGGGAGGUGCCUUGCCCUGUGGAAGGUGAGAACAGUGUCGACGGACCACAAAUAGUGACUGUUUAAAUGCUUUUUUUUUCUCACUGGACCGACCAGAAAUUCAGCUCAAACCACUUGCAUUCAGUGUCCUCCCAGUGAGUAUAGAUAAGGCAUUCCUCAUGAGGAUUGAUGGAUAAUCUCUUUAAUGUUGUAGUUAGUAAAGGGCAAUGCAUCACAUGUGGCUGUAUAACCACCUAUGUUCACAUACCUGACGUCUUCCCCCAUAAGUUACCUCUGGACUUCUUUUUGUACGUAGAAACAUAACUGUUGAUUACUUGCGAUGUCAAAUAUGUUCUGAUGGAAAAUGUUACUUAAAUUAAUGAUACCAGGUGCUUUUCCUAUAAAACACAUGGAUUGCAGGCUUAGUUUCUCUAGAAUUACUUUAUGUACAUUUCUUAUGUCACAGUGGUUCUAGUUUGGACAAUACUACUCUGCUGGAUUUGGGUUGGGAUUUGGUUCUGUUACAAAACUCCAUAGUCUUCCAAAGGGAUUAAUAUAUUUUGGCAUUUAAAACAUUUUUUCAGUCUAGGCUGUGUGACCAAAACCUUUCGAUCAUUUAGAAUGAAGUCCUGACUUUUUUUUUGCCAACAGAAAUAGGAAGUGCUAAAUGCUAUUAUAUUGCUAUUUUUGGAGCCUCAAGAAACUUUACUGCUACAUCACAUACUUGCCUACUUUUUAAAAAACAUUUCAGGGAGAUUGUGAAAGUAACACCUAUCAGCGUGGACAUGUACUGCUACAUCUGAGAGGCAUGUCCUGAAAAUUGCUUACAUCCAAAUGUAAAUGAGCCCAAAAGUUAGUAUACUGUAUACACAUAUACUGCAAGUGGCCAUAAAAACCCUUAUUUAAAAUGCAUGUAGCCAUAGGGUUCAUUGUGCCUUAUAACCAAUACAGGGAAAUGGCACUGAUGAUCCCAUUUGAAUGGAUAUAUCUCUGAUUUAUUGUUCCCCCCCAAGAAUAUAACAGCUACAUAAUGGGGGUAAGGUACAAUGAGGGAGAUUGCUGGACUAUUCAGGGAGACGGGGAGAUUGCUACUAUUUCAGGGAGUCUCCUGCAGAAUGAGGGAGGGUAGGCAAUUAUGCUACAUCAACAUCUACUUGAGACUAUGUACAACAUUGCAUGGGAGUGUAGUAUGGGCCUAAUUCAGACCUGAUCGCAGCAGCAAAAUUGUUCUGUAAUAGGCAAAACAAUGUGCACUGCAGGGGGUGCAGAUAUAACGUGCAGAGAGUUAUAUUUGGGUGAAUAUUUUGUUCUGUGCAGGGUAAAUACUGGCUGCUUUAUUUUUAACUCUCUCUGCACAUGUUAUAUUCGUCGCACCUGCAGUGCACAUGGUUUUGCUCAUUAGAGAACAAUUUUGCUUCCGCGAUCAGGUCUGAAUUAGGCCCCAAGUGCAAUUCUGAAUUGUAGCCUGAGCCUAGACUUAUAAAGAGGCCUAGGGCCAAAUGUAAUAGAGUGAGAGUUUCAAAAAGUUAGAGAUUUGGUAAGGUUUUUAAUUUUUUUUUUUAAAGUGGUAAUCAUUUACACUGCAAAACUAGGUUGAUCUUGCUGUGUAAAUGAUUGCCACUGCAAAACCUUACCAAAUCUCUCGUUUUUUUGAAACUCUCACUCUAUUACAUUUGGCCCCAAGUGUUCUUGGGCCAUACCCAACUUGCAGUGUGUGUUCACUACAGCUUAUUUUGGCACUUAUGAUAUAGCUUUACUUGUUUUGCGUUUUCUUUUCUUUUUUUAUUACAAAGGCAUUUACAGUAGUUGUCUCGUUCUUCAAAGGGAGUGUGUCACUAGGCAUGGUAAUGCCUGAUCCAAUCUAUUAUAGGAUUAAAGUCCGUAUAAGGGCAAGUAUUCAGCUAGCAGGUACAAGUAAUUUUUUUUUUUUCUUUAUGUAUGCCAAACUCUAUAUUAAGAGGGGAGAUAUAUCAAGCAUUGGAGAGAAAUAAAGUACCACACAAUUGGUUAUGAACUGACCUUUUUUCCUGUAACAUUCAUGGCAGUUAUUAGUUGACUAGUUGCAACUUUAUCUCUUUCCACUUUCUUUCUCUCUCUCCAUGGAUUGAUACAUCUCCCCAUAACAGUUUUGUCACCACUUAUAUAGGACGUCUGAAGUGUCACAUUAUGCACAUUAUCAUUUGUAUUAAAUGUCCUGGCACUUCAUGCAUGUACUAAAGGACAUAUUUAAAUCCAUUUCUUAUGGCAAGUUGGCAACAAGAUCAUUCGGGCUGACUGCUUUCUGGAUCUUUACAUGCAGGUACCUCUCUUGCCUGACUGCUUCACUGAAUCACUGCAGCAAACCAGAACGCCAAUAGCUGAAAUCUAUGUAUACUUUUUAGAAACCAUUGACCCAUAUUGCUGUCCGAUCAUAAGCCAUAAAGCAGGAGAAAUACUAAUAAUAAUUUAUCAAGUAGGGACCUUUAGUUAGAUGAAGAGAGUGGCCUAGCUCUCAGUCAGUCAGUGAUCAUAUGGGUGUAUUUUAGGGGUGUAGUAUGGCUGACCGGGUCAGCAUACCGACGCCGGGAUCCCAGCGGGGAGGGGCGAGUGAAGCAAGCCCCUUGCGGUCGCCACGGGUUCUAUUCCCACUCUGUGGGUGUCGUGGACACCCACGAGUGGAAAUAGUCCCUGUUGGUCGGCAUGCCGACCAUCGGGAUAGUGAGGGGGCAGGAUUUUGGUGGAGGUCAUGUGACCGUCGGUCUCCCGACCGCUGGUCACAUGAAUAGCACCCGUAUUUUAGAAUGUUAUUUAACGAUCUCUAACUGGGCAACAAUGUCACUGUCACAAAUACUUCACACCCAAACGUGCUGCACACAGUGUCUGUACAUUUGAAGCUAUGGACUGAAACUUUACAAAACUGUGUUUUGUUUUCCAAUGAUAGUAGUCAUGAUUUUCCAACCAUUUAACUAUACUAUCAUUCUAAAUUAUUUGGACAAUUUUACUUCCAUUUCCCUAUUAAGAAAAAUUCUAAUAUAAAUAUAUAUAUAUAUAUAUAUGUGUGUGUGUGUGUGUGUGUGUGUGUGUGUGUGUGUGUGUGUGUGUGUGUGUGUGUGUGUGUGUGUGAUAUUCAUUUGUUGAAAUAUAGUUUAAUUAAUGUUGUUACUUAAUUACACUGGUAGCUAUGUAGAACAUUCGGUGACUUGUACAGUAAAUGUUUCCCACAGCCAGCAAUGUCCUUUCUCCAUAGAUUAGCCAUCGUACUACAUGUUUAUGAGGAUCAUUACAAAUUAAUAAAUAUGAAUAAAUCUAUAGUUUCUAUUUUUUUUUCUAAAGGAAAAAAAAAAUAGCAGGUUUCAGUUCUACUAAAAUGCAAACAAAACAGUUAUUUAUGUUCUUAUUUGAUAGUUCCCCUUUAUGGGGGUAAUUCCAAGUUGAUCGCAGCAGGAAUUUUUUUUAGCAGUUGGGCAAAACCAUGGGGGUAAUUCCAAGUUGAUCGCAGCAGGAUUUUUGAUAGCAACUGGGCAAAACCAUGUGCACUGCAGGGGAGGCAUAUAUAACAUGUGCAGAGAGAGAUAGAUUUGGGUGUGGUGUGUUCAAUCUGCAAUCUAAUUUGCAGUGUAAAAAUAAAGCAGACAGUAUUUACCCUGCACAGAAACAAUAUAACCCACCCAAAUCUAACUCUUUCUGCACGUGUUAUAUCUGCCCCCCGCUGAAGUGCACAUGGUUUUGCCCAAUUGCUAUCAAAAAUCCUGCUGCGAUCAACUUGGAAUUACCCCCCAUGUGCACUGCAGGUGUGGCAGAUAUAACAUGUGCAGAGAGAGUUAGAUUCGGGUGUGGUGUGUUCAAUCUGCAAUCUAAUUUGCAGUGUAAAAAUAAAGCAGCCAGUAUUUACCCUGCACAGAAACAAAAUAACCCACCCACAUCUAACUCUCUCUGCACAUGUUAUAUCUGCCUCCCCUGCAGUGCACAUGGUUUUGCACAACUGCUAAAAAAAAUUCCUGCUGCGAUCAACUUGGAGUUACCCCCAAUGCUCAAACAUUUGUGUUAGAUACUAGAAUGUCCAGUGUGCUGUCUGCCAGGACCCAUAUAUUGAUUUUGUUCAUUUCUGAAGCUCUAUACAGGGAGCUUGGUGAUAAUGUUCUGCUAGUGGUAAAAUUGAAGCUGUUGCCUUCAUAAAGUUAUCUAAAAACUUCAGACUGCACUGCUUUAAGGGGUAUUCAACUAGGAGGUGAUCUUCUUGUGCUGGUGUUCUGCCAGUUAUUCUGGGAGCCUUGCAGCCACCAAUGUUACAUGUUGAACUUCCCACCCCAUGGAGAGUGCAGAAAAAUGUGUGAUGUUGGGGCACCAUAAUGUACGCACAUCAAACCACAGACUGCUGUUAAUUGAAUUAACCUCUAAUUGUCUUUAUUUAGAAGUUGCUCAUGUUAUGCUUAUCUUGAGUGAUUCACUGUCAUAGGUUGCCACAAAUCCUAGCUUACAAUUGCAAUAAAACUCUUGACACAAAACAGUUUUGUUUGAAAAGUAAUUUUAAAGGGCGUUUUCUGGUUUUUGUUUUGUAUUUGUUUCAUGUUUAAAUUCUAAAUAUUGUAUAGUUAUUUUUAUAUUCUGAUCUUACAAUGACUAUUUGUCUUAGAGGUUUAAUAAACAUCACAUUUUUUCCCAUGUCCCUUGGCAUAAUAAAUGUUGAUGAUCCUAC